GACUCUUUGCCCUGUUCACGGUCUUCAUAAAAACCUCGCAGAUCUCCCCACAGGCUCAGAGACCUGCACCUUGAGUCCAACUCGGAAGGGUUUCUCGACUCCGGAGGACGAGGAUUCACCACCACCACCGCCACUAACACAGCAGAGGCGGCUAAGCAGCAGCAGCAGCAUCAGCAUCAGCAGCAGCGAGCCAUGGGUCGCGGCGGGCAGCAGAGUGGAGCGACUUGUGGAGGGGCUCCCUGCUCCCCAACAUCCAAGGGGGGGCAGCAGCAGCAGCAGCAGCAAACCACCAACGGGGUCUCUGACGAAGCACCCCCAGGAUCAGCGAGCGUCCAGAAUGGAGAUGCCGGUGGGGGGGUCGGUGCAGCAGCAGCAGCAGCAGCAUCCAUGGCUGCAACAGCAUCGAAGACGUCUUCGACGUUUGGCGGAAUUUCUCAACAACGAGCCACCACCAUCACUCGAUCGUCAUCAUCGUCCGCAUCGUCCUGCGAGAAAUCGUUAGGACCAUCAUCAGCAGCACCACCACCAUCAUCAUCAUCACCAUCAUCGACGUCUCCUCGUCUCUGGACCUGGGAGGAGGUCUCGCAGAGGAGCGGAGGUCGCCACGGGGAGCCUCGUUGGCUCGUGGUGGAGCGGCGCGUCUAUGACGUCACCAAGUGGGGGGCCCGGCAUCCGGGGGGGCCGCGACUCCUGGCGCACUACGCCGGGGAGGACGCCACGGACGCGUUCCGGGCCUUCCACCCGAAUCUGUCGCUCUCCCAGAAAUACCUGAAGAUGUUCUACAUCGGGGAUCUGGCACCAGACGAGCCCAGUCAAGACAACGGCAAGAAGCGUGAGCUCGUGGAGGACUUCCAGAGGUUGCGAGCAACGGCUGAGACCAUGGGCCUCUUCCGGGCCUCCGCCUCCUUCUUCUCGCUCUACCUGGGCCACAUCAUUCUCCUCGAGGUGCUGGCCUGGGGCCUCCUGGCCUUCUUCGGUACCGGCUGGGUGCCCACAGUCCUCGUCACCAUCAUCCUCGCCACGUCGCAGGCCCAGGCUGGCUGGCUGCAGCACGACUUCGGGCAUCUGUCGGUGUUCCGCUCGUCACGCUGGAACCACCUCCUCCACAAGUUCAUCAUCGGCCACCUGAAGGGCGCCUCGGGCAGCUGGUGGAACCACCGCCACUUCCAGCACCACGCCAAGCCCAACGUCUUCCGCAAAGACCCCGACGUCAACAUGCUGCACGUGUUCGUGCUGGGACGCACGCAACCCGUGGAGUACGGAGUCAAGAAAAUGAAAAUCCUUCCUUACAAUCAACAGCACAAAUACUUCUUUCUAAUCGGGCCACCCCUUCUCAUCCCCGUGUACUUCCACAUGCAAAUCAUCAGCACGAUGUUCAAGAGGAGAGACUGGGUGGACCUGGCGUGGUCGGUCACCUACUACAUCCGCUACUUCCUCACCUACACUCCCUUCUACGGCCUCCUGGGAGCCAUGGCUCUCAUCUUCGUGGUCAGGGUGAUCGAGAGCCACUGGUUCGUGUGGGUGACACAGAUGAACCACAUCCCUAUGGACAUCGACCACGAGAAGCACAAGGACUGGACCACGAUGCAGCUGGAGGCCACGUGCAAUGUGGACCAAUCGUUCUUCAACGACUGGUUCAGCGGCCAUCUCAAUUUCCAGAUAGAGCACCACCUCUUCCCCACGAUGCCGCGUCACAACUACCACAAGAUUUCUUCGCUCGUCAAGUCGCUCUGCAGCAAACACGGCCUGGACUACCAGAGCAAGCCGCUCAUCACCGCGUGCGUCGACGUCGUUCGCUCGCUGAGAGCGUCUGGGGAGCUGUGGCUGGACGCUUACCUGCACAAGUGAGAUGGUGGUGGACGAUUGUGGGAGACAACAACCACCAUCAUCAUCAUCCACUACCAUCCGCAACAACCACCACCACAACCACCACCAUUCACCACCAACCCCACUGUUUAUACGCAGAGCACACACACACACACCUCUGAUGCAAUAUUGAAGCCCAGACGUCCUCCUCACACUCACCCCACGCAGCACAGUACGCACUGUACGCAGCACAUAACGCACUGUACACCGCACUGUACACAGUACAGAUACAGUGCGCACGCAGUACACACAUAGUACACAUGCACACACACCGACACACCACGCACAGACACUCCACGCACCACACUCGUACCAAACAGCGCGUUCACAGCACCCACACUCACCUCCGAUUGGCAGAGUUGCCUAGGGUACGGUGCGAAAAAAGAUCAACACACACCAACACAAAAGAUCCCCGGCGUAGCCUUUAACAGACUUGUUUGGGGGGGGGGGGGCAAGUGCUGUUAGCGAGCACACGAGGUGGUGGGUGGCCCGGCCGCCUUUGUCUCCCCGAGUGGCGAUGUUUUCACACCGCACCAGGGACUAAUUUAAGGCUGAGUCGACCUAGGCGGAGGCGCAGGACCUGUUCCGAUAUAGUCGUCACGAGUGCUGGCGGUGGCUGCGAGAGCGGGAAUCGAACCCCGGGUCCUCCAGGUUCGCAAGCGGAGCGCGCGAGCCCGUGACGACACUAAACCACGCCCACACCACGCACACCUGACCUCUACGUCACAGCAGAGGUCGCAACCGGGUACCCGAUACCCGUACCCUACCUGAUACCCGGCUACCCGUACCCGGCCGGGUACGGGUACCCGUUUGCGACCCUGGUGCGGCCGGGUACGGGUACGGGUAGGCCGUGAGUCACUGGUGAGUAACCGUUUGUCACUCAUUUUCCAACGUCUUGUCUCUUCUCCCAAUUCAAGUUCCUAGAAUCAACCCACCCGCGCCUGCAACAUGGCUUCAUUCCAGAAGUCGCAAUCAGGUACCCGAUACUCGUACCCUACCCGUACCCGGCCGGGUACGAGUACGGGUACCCGUUUGCGACCCUGGUGCGGCCGGGUACGGGUAAGGAAUCAAAACCCAUUUGCGACCUCUACGUCACAGAGACACACGCACACACAUCCACGUGACUUCCGCUACCUUCACCCCUCCAAGGAAAUCCGCAUGGGGAACUUUUUUUUAGUUAUUUUUUUUGUUUUGGUACAGAAAACGUCGGGGCGGCGAGCGUUUAUGCCGCCCGGGACUUUUAACGCUCCGAUAGCGCGGCACGCAGCGUUAGCCCCAUUGAGCAAUCCCCUCCGCCUUGCUAAUAGUCGGGGAAAAUCCUCGAUGUAGGCCCGCUGGGGCGUUACUUGUGGGGACUCGCGGCUUCAAAUGAACGGUGCCGAUCAUUGCAACGUCUUCUCAUUUGCAGCGUCACAUUAUUCAUUCGGCCAAUCGAGACGGCCAUAGCGAUGUUGGCUGAUCGGGUUGCCAUGUUAAAUCGUUGACCAAUCGGUGGAUGGUGUUUGAUUGGCAGUCGAGACGGCCGUGGUGAUAGCUCUUGAUAGGGUCUCUGUGUUAAAUCGUCAAGCAAUCGGAAGACGGUGUUUGAUCGGCCAAUCGAGAUGGUCAUGGUGAUAAAUGUCAAUCGGGUCGCUGUGUUAAAUCGUCGACCAAUCGGAAGACGGUAUUGAAUCGACCAAUCGGGAUGGCUGUGGUGAUAUUGGCCCAUCGGGUCACUGUGUUAAAUCUUCGACCAAUCGGAAGACGGUGUUUACUCAGCUACUCUGCUCAGAUGUGAUGCCGUGAAAUUGAUGGCCGUGUUCAACUAUCCAAUCACACGGCAGCGUGCCACUGGCCAAUCAGAAGACGACAGUGUUGAAUUGGCCAAUUUUGUAUGGCCCUUGGCGAUAUCUUUGGCCAGUGGGUUCACUGCGUGGCAUUGAAUCGACCAAUCGGAGCGACGGGCUGCAUUUUUAAUUGUUCAAAAUAUCGUGACAGCGAUGUGGACAGCAGCGAAUCGGAGAAAAGCAUUUGAAUUGGGUCAUGCUCAUGCCUAUCAGGAUGGGCCAAUCAGAUUGUAGCAUUUUGCGCGCGUUCACUCUCGAUGGUUUGGUAGUGUUGAUAGUGGGCCCACUGUAGUUGAAGGUUAGGUUGGAGCCCACGUAUUAAAUAUGGCCAGAAUCGUUGUGCAAUUGGCCAGCCUAUUCAUCUCUCUCUCUAUUCAUAUCUGCCCUCCCCCCCAACCUUUAUAUGGUGCUUGGUAAGCUGAGUGUGUGGAUGGGUGGGGUGCCCUGAUGUGGUGGCUCUGGCUGGGCCAGUUAUUCCACUCUCUCACACACACACGCACACAGAGACCCAAACCAGUUCGACGCUGACUGGUUCCAGGGAGUUGUCGAUUUCAUUUCCCGAAAACCCCCCACUAAGCCUGCUGGCUUCUCGCCACGCGCCCUGGUUAUUUGCCUGCUGUGCCCUUCCAAACGCACCGCACCUGCCUGAUGAUUGUUCAACAUGUCCCACGCGAUAAGAGAGGAGGAUGGCCGAUUGGAGUUCACGACGGAGAGCGGCGUAUGUGUGUGUUUGUGUGUGUGGGGGCUUUCGCCGGUGCUACUCACUAACAGCUCUUGUCCCAAUAGUCUGUUAAAAGCUACAGGGGGAUCUUUGUAUUUUUGGGGAGCGGCGGUGCAGUGGUCAGCGUGCUGCACUGAGCUACGGCCACCACGAUAAUCUGGACUGGUUCUGGGUCCUCACCUAGAUUAACUCAGCCUCAAAUGAGUACCCAGUGCGGAGUAUGUGUAUAGAACAUCGGCACUGGGGCGACAAAGAUGGACAGGCGUGGUGAUGGCAACUUACCCCCCUCGUAUGCUGUGCCAGCCUUUGUAAGUGCUGAUUGCUAACAAUGAGUAUGAGAGUUUGUGAGUGGGUGCGUGAGAGUGAGCGGGUGAGUUUGCGAGUGAGAGUUAGUGAGCAGGUGAGUGAGUCGGUGAGUUUGUAAGUGAGAGUGUGGGCGAGUGAGUGGGUGAGAAUGUGUGUGAUUGGGUGUGUGAGUGUGUAAGUGAGUGUGAGAGUGUGAGUGGGUGAGAAUGUGUAUGAUUGGGUGAGUGUGUGAGUGAGUGUGUAAGUGAGUGUGAGAGUGUGAGCAGGUGAGCGAGUGGGCGAGUGAGUGGGUGAGAAUGUGUGUGAUUGGCUGAGUGUGUGAGUGUGAAAGUGAGUGAGAGAGUGUGAGCAGGUGAGCGAGUGGGCGAGUGAGUGGGUUAUAAUGUGUGUGAUUGGCUGAGUGUGUGAGUGAGUGUGUCUGUGAGUUGGCACAGUGGUGGGCACAGGUGGUUCGCCUGCAAGUCAUCUCAAUCAGUACAACCCAUGACACCUGCAGGGUCUGUUCCCGUGACCACCUCCUCCUGCACCUAGCCUGGCACAGCAGUCAACCCACGGGACCUGCUGGGUCUGUCCCGUGACAUAAUUCCAGCAGCCAGAACCCCGGAGUGCACCUAGCCUGGCACAAGCCGCUGCUGUUUGUUUUUGUUUACCAAUCAUAGGGCUCGUGCGGUGCGCGCAUUUAUGACCGGUGAGGGCGAUCCAUCCGGUGACGGCAAUGUUCGGGGAAUGUUAGGGGGGGAACGUUCGGGAAAAUCUGACUCUACGUCGCUGUCACAGCGAGCGAGCGAACGGUUGACUUUUGUAGGAGCCCGAUAUGAUGAAUUUCGUUAUUGUUUCGUUUUCAUUUGGGUUCAACGAAGAGCGAGGCGAGAGGCCGAUCCCUCUGGUGAUGUUGGCGGCCCGUGGUCGAUCCGAAGGAGGUUGGGGUGGGGUGGGGGGGAGUUCAAAGAUCGCGCGAGGUGGAGAGACAUUCACCCCUCUCCAUCAUCGAUGGCGUGUUCGCGGAGGAAAUGGUUCGGGGGUGGAUUUCCCCCCCCCCCCCCUUUGUUCGAAACGCACGCGCCCACGCACGCGCUCACGCACGCGCUCGUAGAACUGAAAUCCCGUGGUGCGUUUGUGGGUAAAAGCGGCCAUCGACGACGGCGAUGGUUUGAAUUACAGGCAAACAAUGAUAAUUGAUUUUUGAAAGAUGGAAUUCGCGUGACGCUUAAGUUAAUUGUGGCUACGUUGAUGAUUAUGGUGGCGAUGUGGAGAGAGAGGCGCCGGGAUGAGGAGAUGACAGCAGAGGGGACUUGGAGACUAUCUGAGAUAUUCGACCUCGUGGUGUUUAAUCAUUUUACUGUUUUUAGUGCUGUGUGCAAACUUUCAACAAGAGUAAUUAAACUUGGAAAGAUGUG